UGCGGUCGCUGCGCUGCCCAACAGGAAUUGAAUCCAGUAGCGCUGCUUUGCAUAAUCAAAGAUGUAGUUUACAGGGGUUGGAGUUUCACUAGCAGCAAACCAGCCCAGUGUUACCCAACUUAGUCGUGUAGUGGACACAUCUUAGAACAGUUCCUCGAGCGCAAAGUUCCUCAACGUCCUUCAGCGCCGGAUUUAUAUUAGUCACUGUCUACCUAAACUCGUCUCGCUGCUAACCAACCAACCAAAUCACAAAUGAAACCGGAUUCAGCCCAGCAGCAGUUGAAAAAGGCGAAAUCUUUAGAGUCGUUUUUCAAAUCGACGGCCAUCGGCGAGAAUAACCAGUGGAAACCAACAGCAGAGGAUGACGACAAUAACUUAAUCGAGAAAUUCAAUCCCGCCCAUCAGGUGCACCAGCAUUCAACAGUUUGCGCUGUCGUGAAGGAAAACGUUCGAAUGCGCCAGGCCAUUAGGGAUGCGGUGCUGACUCUGACCCAGUGGAUCCAUCAAACCAAAGAGCAAAGUGACAACGUUACUUUACUGGUGAACAUGAUGAAAGAAUCUGCCCAGUCGCAGAGCAAACUGCGCGAGGAUGUCGAAGCUAUGGCGAUCCAGAUGAAAAUGCGCGAAUUCAAAUGGGCGGCCGAGCGACUGGCCUUCCAGGAGGAGGAUCGACAAAAUCAGCAGAUGAUCCUCGACCUGCAAAAGGAGAAUUGGAAAUUGAAGUCGUUCUCGUUUAUGUAGUUGGCCAUCAUUUUCCAUCUCGAUCCUGCCGUCCAUCUCUCUACCCAGCGGAAUUUACCCUUUAAGCAACAGCUAUAGCCGGUCUUACUCAGCAACCACUCACCCGACACGGGAGUAUAAUAGAUUACAUUGCAUAAUACAAAUAACAGCCUCAACGAAAAUUUAGUUUACCGAACGAUAUAAUCACAGAUACUAUAUUUCCGACACCCGGAUUUUUACAGUUUAGAUUUUAAUACAUACAACAAUAGUACAAUACAUACUUCAAGACCUCUAA